CAACAACAACUGCAGGACCCACUUGACAGUCACUUUAGCACGCACUUGAUAGUCCCUUUAGCGCUCACUUGGCAUUCGAACAGCGGCCGGGAGCAGCGUCGAUGAGUUGAGCAGCCGCGCCAGCAACGCGCCCGCCCUUCCCCUCUUGUGCAAGCCCAUACAAAGCGCUCUCGAGCAAACAAUGGACGCAGCGCAUCCAGCAGAGCAACCACCAGCAGCAGCAGCAGGAGCAGCAGCAGUAAACGGAGCAGCAGUUGCCAGGUCAUUGGACCAACAGGUGGAGGCGACAAUUGGCUCACCCAAUCACUCGCACUACUCGAAUCUCACAAACAGCAGCAGCAGCAGCAGCCACAACAGCAACAUUAGUAGCCCCUCCGUGGCCACGGACAGCAGCAGCUCAUCCUCAUCCUCCUCGGCGCCGCAAUACAGCGAGGAUUUGCGCACAGCCGCCGCCGUCGCCGCAGCUGCCGCCGCCGUCGCUUGUCCAAGUCAACGUGGUUCGCAUUCCGGCAGCGGGUCAACCAAAACCUGUGAACUGGACGUGGGCGAGGAGGAGCGUGAUACCUUCUCGCCAGUGUCCAGUCCGGAGUGCAACGGCGCCGCCUCAGCUGUCCUGGUGGCAGCUGUUGCCGGCGGAAGCAGCGGCAGGGACAACAAAAGCUACGACAGCAAACUGAAACCGCCGUCGAAGGAGGAAAAGCAGCGCCAAAACGAGGAAAUCGUGUGCAUGGAAACCUCCACGGUGUCCACAGAGACGGGCUCCUGGGAGUCCGUCUAUCCGACAGCAACAACAGCGACGGCGACGCAGCCAACGGCACCGCCGCCGCCGCUCCAAGCGGAAGAGGGCAUCAGCGCCAGCUGCCUGUUGCGUGAGUUUGAGAAGCGGGAACAGCCGCUGAGCAGCUCGCAGAAUAGCGCCUGUUUCAUAGAUGCCUCCUCGCUGCGCGAUGAGGAGGAUGUGCUCUGGUGUCCCAGCCUGGAUGGGCAGGAUGGCGCCCAGGCUAAGCCCGAGGCGGAGCUGGAACUGGAGCAGUUCCACAAGGCAUUUGCCAAGUGCAAGGCGCAGCCGCGCACCAGCCAAUCCAACUGCAGCUCCGACGUAGAGCCCGAGGAUGAUGAGCCGCACCCGGACUCCAAUAGCGCCACCAACAAUCUGUCCGACGAGGAGAAAUUGUGGAAGCGGGAACAACAGCUGCCGGCCAGCAGCGGCGCCACAGAUGCUACCGAGGCUAGCAGCGUCUCCCUGGCCGCCGAUGCGGACUCCUCCGAUUCCUCGCUGAGCGCACGUCGGCGUCGCGCUGCUCCAGUUGCGGUGCCCUAUAGCUUCCAGCAUAAUGCACAACAGUUUAGCGUGCAUCCGCUGGGCAGCAGUCCCAAGUUUACGCCACAUCAUCAUGGGCACGAUCUCAGCUAUACGACGGACUACUCGUCGAGCAGCCCGGCGCACAGUCUGGUCUGGUCCGAGCAGGGCAACAGGCAGCAGUCGCAGCUGCCACAGCAGCAGCAGCAUCACCAUCUCUCGCAAAAGCAGCUGCCGCCCCCAACGGACACGCCGCACAAUUCGAUGGUGCACGUGCUGGAGCCUGUCUCGAGCAGCAAUAAUAGCUCCAUACACAGAGAUUACACGCUGAGCUCCUCGCUGUCGCAUCAUCGCGACUCGGGCGCCUAUUGCAGCGAUGCCACGGACUCGCCGCUGCCACUGCCGCGCACGCCCAAGCGCUCCAAGUUCGACGAGGCGAAUCCCAUUGUCUCUGGCGGCGCGUCCAUUGAGGAUUUCAGGCAGAAGCAAUGCGAUAGUCCCAGCUUAAAGCGCCGCACGGAUGCCUGUCCCAUUGUCUCGGGCGGCUUUGUCUCGCUGGACUUUGCAGCCACGCGGCCACAAGACGAUGAUGAUGAUGAUGAUGAUGAUGUGGAGCAUGGACAGCAGGCGGAUGAAGAUGCCGAUGUGGAAGGCGUGGAACUGCGCGUCAAGACGGGCCAGCCGUUGCGCAAGCCUCUACCCGGCAUCGCCUCCUGGGUGGUGGACAUGAGCGAUUGCAGGCCAGAGCGGCGCAAGAGCAGCAGCUCCACAUCCAGCCUGGAGGCAGCAGGGCAGCCGGCACGUUUCCGUGAACGCUCCGAUUCGAAUAGCUCGCACAAGAGCGGCUGCGGGUUCUAUGUGUCACUGGACGACAUGGACAGGAAGCCCAAGGUGCAGCAGGAGCAGCGACAGCUGCAGACGCCCUUAAGCAAAUCCUAUACAGCACCCAAGGCGGCCAAUUUCUUUGUGAAUCUCUCGCAGAGCGAAUGUCAGGCUAAAGAGCAGGAGCAGAAGCAGGAGAAGCAGGCGACCGCCGAUCAGCAGGCGGACAAGAAGAACAUAUUCAGCAUGUUCAUAGACUUUGGCGAGUCGCCCAAGCAACAGCGAGCCACGAAUGGACGCAAGGAACCAUUCAACUUGGCACAGCGUCUGUCCAGCUCGUUGAGCGUGGCGCAGCGUCGCGGCGAGGAGCUGAUGAAGUCCAGCGCCAGCUCCACGGAAACUCUAAUGGCCAAGAGCGGCACUCAGCAGCAGUUGCCCAAGGAGGAGAGCAAAUCCUUGGAUUAUCGCUGCAAUUUGGAGCAACAACAGCCGCUGACAGUCGCUGCGCUGCGUCGCAUGUCGCGCCAGCAGGAGCCCGGCAAGCGUCACAGCUGGGGCAGCAACAACAGCAAAGAGCAGGCGCCCGCCACGGGGGAUUACAAGCGCUCCAUCAGCUUGAACGCAAAUGGCGGAGAUCAGUCGGGCGCCGGGCUGAUGAGCAUCAUCGACAAGCUGCCCAUUAUAUCGAAGGCCAGCUCGCUUUCGGUGGACAGUUCCCUGUCGCCCUAUGAUGAGUAUAGCGGCGGCGCCUUGAGCAGCUGCUCCGAUGAGGAGCAGCAGGCGGCGCGCUUGAAGAAGCGACGUCGCGAUGCCCAGCUGAAUGAGACGUACGACAAGAGCAGCAGCAUGGCCUCGGGGCUGACGGAGGGUGUGCUCUCCAAGGACAUGUCGCCGGCAUCCAAUACGGACACGGAUGAUCUCACCUUCCAGCAGGACGAGCAGCUGGCCCUGCGCGAGGUGCAGCUACAGCAGCAGGUGGCCCCGCCGCUGCAGCUAAGCAGCAGCUCGAAUCGCACAUCCAUCAUGGAGACCAUCAUCGAGGCCAAGGAGACAGCAUCGCCCAAGAAGCAGCCACCAACUCAACUAAGCAAUGGCCAUACCAUGGAAACCCUGCACGCGACCAUUGAGAAGCAAAAACAGCUGCUGGAGACGGUCAACGAGCAUUCGGAUCAGCCGGCCAGUUUUGUGAAGCUCUCCGACAUGGACAAGCCGCCCGUCGUCAACAAGCACGAGCUGCAAUCGCCGGAUGCGAUGAGCAAGAGUGUCGGCAACCAGCGCAGCGCCAGCCAACGUUUCUAUAGGGAUGAACAGCAACGUGCCACAGCGCGGCCGCAUUCCUGGGCCAUGACCCGUUCCACCGGCGGCGGCAAUAAUAGCAAUAAUAUCCAGCAAUUUGCCAGCUCGGUGGACAAUUUGCGCAGCUUGUCGCGUCUGUUUCCCAACUUCAGCAAGGAGUUCUCCAAUUCGCUGCCCGGCGACAUGCCCCUGGAUAAUGCCCAGCCGCAGUUGGAUUAUAUCCAGGCGGAUUUGAGUGGCGAUUCCAGUUUGGCUUCCAGUUUCAGUCGUUCCGGCAUGGACGAGUCUUCCAUGAGCUGUCGCCAGCCGCGGCGUUUGGGCGAGGAUCUGCUCAAGAUGUUUCUGCAGGAGAUCGCCACCGAUAUGCUGGUGGAGGUGCACGGGCGUCGCAUACGCGCCCACAAGUGCAUCCUGCGCAGUCGCUGUCAGUACUUUGCCGCCAUGUUGGCGGGUCAUGGCGCCCAGAGCGUCGUCUCGCUGCAGGGCUACUCCUAUGCAGCCGUGCACUUUGCCCUCUGUCACAUCUAUUCGGGCGCCUCGCAUCCGCCGGAUGGCAUCAGCCUCAUGGAGCUGGCCGCACUGGCCGAUCUCCUGGGCCUGGAGGGGCUCAAGGAGGUGACAUCGCAUGCUUUGAAAACCAACUACUGCCACAACUUCCAUAAGCCCUGCUCCGGCUGCAUCGAUGGCAUCCUGCAGGUGCUGCCCGUUGCCCUGAAUCAUGCGCUCGACGAUCUCUAUCGCAAGUGCUUGCGCUGGACCUGUCGCCACUAUCUGAGGGUGUGGCCCACGCGACAAUUUGCCCAGCUGCCGUCGGACAUACUCGGACGCUGCCGUCAACAGAUUGUUGCCUAUUUGACCUCCGAGACGGUGCUGGACACGGUGCUCGAUUGUGAUCAUCUGCUGGCGCAGCUGUCGGCCUAUCGCUGGGGUCAUGUCUGUGAGCAGCUGGUGCGCGACAUACUGGACGCCGCCUACGGCUAUGUGGGUGAUCAUUUUGCUAGCCUGAUAGCCAGCGAUUCGUUCCUUUCGCUCGGACACGAUCGCAGUCGCCACAUUCCACGACUCGAGACGCUGCUGCUGCAGACGGCGGCUGCACUGACGCCGGAGCAGGCGUGCCGCAGCUACCAGCGCGUGACGCGGCUGAAUACAGUGCUGCAGGCGAAGCUCAUCCAGAUGCCGGUCAAUCUGGGUGAGCUGGCCAAGGAGCUGCAGGGCCUGCAGGAGGAGCAGCUGGACUGGCAGCCCGAGUACAUACGCUUGGUCAGCGCCUUGGUGUAUGCCGUGGAACAGUGCCUGAUUAGGCAAUGCUCGCGUGCGAUGCGUGUGACGGCCUGGCAGCGCAUGGAUCUGGAGCUGCGCAAGAAAAUCCAGACCAUGGCCCGGCUCACCGAGCCGCUCGAUCUCAAGCGCAACAAUGGCAAGCCGGUGAGCAAGGCCUUCUCAUUUGGCGGCAGCACACGCAGUCAGGAUCUGGUGCAGAUCAAGCUGGCCAUACAGGCGCAAACGAAGCGCGCCCAGGCGCAGGAGACGCAGCUGUACAAGGCCACGCAGACCAACUACGAUGCGGUCCAUGUCCAGACCACGGAGCGCGGUGUGCAGGCCCAAGGCAAUCACGAUCUGCGCGAGGGCAACAGUAAAUUGCUCAAGUCCAACUCGCGAGCCUAUGUGCCGCAGGCGACGCAGCGUGCCAGCUCCCAAACGGCAGGCGAACGGCACAGCCUCAACACGCAUCGACGCACACAGUCCGAGGCGCCGCCCGUGGCACAGAGGAAGCCCGAGCAGGCCGCAGCCUCCAACAGUGCCAGCGGCAGCCACGCAGUGGCCAAAUCUGCGGCGCCUGUGCGCAUGGGUGAGGUGCGUGCACGCUACCUGGAGCCGAGAAAGCCGCGCGCAGUUAGUGCAGGGAACAGCACGAAGGGUCCCAUACGCAGCGCAACCAGCUCCAAUAUACCGGCAGCACGCAAGGCGCAGGCCAAGAAUCUGCACAUCUCAUCCAGCGACAGUUCGCGCAAUUCCAGUCCGGCGGCAAUACGACGUGCGGCCAAUGGCACGCGGCUGGGCAACAAGUCGAGCAACUUGUCCACGGACAGUUUGGCCAAGAGCGGCUCACGUGAACGCUACUCGUCCGAUCUGAAUGUGGAUUCGCUGGCGGAGAGCAUGAAGAGCUCGGUCAUAACCAAUAAAACGAUCUCACACGAAUCGCUGUCGAGCAGCUCUAAGCUGGCGCGCGUGCAGCAGCUCAACGGACAUGGCGGAGGCGCAGCAGCCAAGCAGUCGGCUCCACUGAGGGGCAUACAGCGUGGCACAGCGUUGGCCAACAAGUCGACGCGCCAGCUCAAGCAGCAGCACAAUGCGGCCGCAACGGGCGCCUCGAAUGGCUCUAGUCCCAGUUCAGUGCACACCACCAAAUCGGCCACCAGUCGCCUAUCCUCGGUCAGCAGCACCUUGUCCACGCGGGAGCUGUUCAAGCAGCGUUCCAUAUCGGUGCCGGCUGGCGGUGAAGCGCCAGCCAAGGGCCGGCACAGCUUCCUAUCCGCCAAGUCGCGAGAGAUACUCGCCAAGCGCGCCGAGAAGAACAAGCUACAGCAACAACAGCAACAACAACAACAACAACAACAACAACAACAACAACAACAACAACAGCAGCAACAACAGCUCAGCUCUGGUGAGACGCAACUGCGUGCCUCGGCCGGACCGUUGCGCUCCUCGUCACAUUCCGCCGUCAGCAGCAUGCUGCAGCAGCACAAUUUGCGCAACAGUCUGCCCUCCAAUAUACCCACACGACGUCCCAAUACGCUGCAGCUGCGCAAGACCACGACAACUGCGACCAACGGCUAUGCGGCACCGGCAGCACCUGUCCACAGGCCGAACACAAACGGCGUCCUGAAUGGCGGCUAUAAGGCCGCCCAGGCGGUUAAACAGAAAUUGGAUUUGCUCAUCGAUGCACAGCUGGAGAGCGGCAACAAUGGGCAGCGCGUCGAGUCCAAGCUGGAGCGUUCCAGCACCUUUUGCAAGGACAGCGCCGACUUGGACUUAAAUGUCCCCGAACUGCAGAUUGUGGAGUAAAUAUACGAACGGUCCAUAUCAAAUAUGAGCCGAGCGAAACAACCCGUACACGUCCCAUAAGGCAACUCUAGUCAAUAAUAGCAUGUAGUUGCAGGCACAGGAAACCAUUAACAAUAAAUCAAUAAUCAAUAGAGAGAAGCGGAGAAAUAAUAAAGAAAAAACAAACAUGUUACUACAAAGCAAAAAGAUGCACCCACUAAAAUUAUACCAGUUAUAUACACAAUUACAACAUAAACUUAUUGUCGUUAAUGAAAACCCUCCCCCCUCCUACCCCCACAAAAGAAAAAAUAUUCAACAUAUUUAAAUACUUAUAGUAAAGAAUUGUAUGCCAGGUAAAGUCAAAGCAAUGUCAAAAAGAUAAAUGAAAAUUUGGUGAUAUUAUUUAAUGUGCGCUUGCUUUUUAUUUGGUUCUUCCUCUUAUGCUGCAAUCUGUGUGCUUCGAGUACUCGUAUAAACUAUAUAAAAAGAAUACUAUACAAAUAUAUAUAUUUAUGUGCUUUGCCAGCUGCAUUUAAGUAGUCUCUGCGCUGCGGCUUAUAAACCUAUUGUUAACAAUUGAUACCCUCUCUCUAACCCUCCUACUCGUAAAUACUUUAAGCCAUGCAAUUUUUUAUACUGUUCUUUAUUUAAAAUUUUAAACGUAAUCGGGCGCGCAACCAAGAACAAUUUUUUUUAAUUUAUUCAUUUUAAAUCUAUAUAUAUAUCUAUAUAUAUAUAUAUAGAAAAAAAGGAAACAAAGAUGUAUUUUGUAAGCGAAUCGACAUUGAUAUAUUGAUAAUGGAGUGCAAGUUUAAUAAAUGUGUGUAU